UCUGAAGAACUCGAAAAAUCACAAAAAAUAUCAGAAUUUGACUUAAAGAUGCAACUGAAACGUGAUGAGCAAUUAGCUAGAGAACUUCAAGAAGAAGAAAACAGAAUAGCACGUAGUGAAGGAAGAACAAUCCCAAAAGAUGCCGAUUUAUAUGGCAAAGGGACUCUAGACUCGCUCAUUCAACGAGAUGACAAAGCAGCUUCACCAAAAACUCCGCCAUUACUUUUUUCUGAAAACAAUGGCGUUUUAAAAAAUAAUACGAAAAAAGCCCGCCCUACGCCCACCAAGACAGCACCAAUUCAAGUUGAUGCGAAAACUUUUGUGAAUAGCAAGAAUUCUAAAGACCAAAUUGAUUCUGCUUUUAAGCCAUCUUCAACUUCAUCGUCUUCUACGACACAGAAAUUCGAUGAUGAUGCUUGGAACUUUACUGACUCAACGCCUGCGUUAAUACCUGCUACUAAGGUGGCUCCACCUCCGCCUCCUCCACCAAUAAUCACACCAAGACCUCCUCCACCAAUAGUCGCACCAAGACAUCCUCUAAAUGAACAAUUAACUAGUAAACAAUUAAUUAGUACAAAUGCUCCUACUAAUUUGAAUACUAGUGCUUGGACAUCUUUAAGUCCCACUGUUUCUCCUUAUUCCAGUAAUUCAUCUACAUCACUUCCUGUUCAAUCUUCUCAACCUUUACUACAACAAAAUUUGAUCUCCCCAUUUCCACCACCUUCACAACCAAUCGCUGUUCCAUUGAAUUCUACCCUUCAUCAACCUCUAGUUCCAGUUAAAUCUUCAAGUUGGAACAAUACAAGUAAUUUAUCUAUGUUGCCAACUAAUAAUGCUUUAUCAAAUCCUAACCCUGGAUUUGGCCAAACCGGUUUAUCUAUGUUGCCAACUAAUAAUGCUUUAUCAAACCCUAACCCUGGAUUUGUCCAAACCGGUUUAUCUAUGCUGCCAACUAAUAACGCUUUAUCAAAUCCUAGCCCCGGAUUUGGUAUGAAUAACCAAUAUAUGACUACUACAACAACUGUUCAAUAUCAACAAACAACCUCGUUCCACCAGCCCAUGCAGAAUCAGCAACAAACAAAUUCAGCAAUAUAUGAUCCUAAAAAUGUGUUUGCUUCCAUGAAGACUGGACAAAUUGGGCCAAAAUCACUACCUAAUGAUUUAAGCGUGAAUGCAUCAACUGACAGAUAUGCUGCCUUGAAGCAAGUGGAUCUUCAAGGUCCAGGUGUUUUCAAUAGUACAUCAUCAUUCCAAACACAAAGCUCAACAAGUUUUGGUUUAAAUCCAAGUGGAUUCAAUACUAGUCCAGCAAAUUGGAAUCAGGGCGUUCCUCAGCAAAACCAAAAUUUUGGCGUAGGAGGUAUCCAACCUAAUCCAGGGUUUGGUUUUGGACAACAAUCUGGACAACAAUCUGGUCAACUUGGAUCUAACCAGCAAGGAUUUGGUUCUAAUACUGGAUUCAAUAACAAUCAACAAUUUAAUAACUUUG